CCUUUCAUGUAAUGCUUUAUUUUUCAGUCGUAAAAUUAGAUAAAAACACGAUGAUGUGAAUACCUUCUGAUGAAAGCUUUUGUUACUAUUGAUUAAAGCUCCUCAAAUUUUUCGACAUUUUCAGUUUUUAUCUUCAGUCAGCCUUCAGAUAAGCAAUCAUGUCACAUGGACAAUAUCCUCGCAUUCAUUUUCAUUACCAUGAAAUUCUCACUCUUUCGACACAUUGUGAACAAGUGUACUCUGCUCGGAAGAGGCCUUGUACUGUGUGAUUUAUCUCUGACAUUUGGUUCAUUAUAGAAAAAAUAUAUUGCUCUUUUUACAGUCGAGACGAAGACGAUAAAGUGAUAUACAAUAAUGCUUACUAAAUUUAAUCACCAAACUCUAUGCAAUUUUUGUGAAAUUUCAUUUACUUAAAUUGAUAUUGUCUAUAACAAUACUAUUUUGAUAUUCUCACAGUGCUGUGCAACGUUAUCUCUAACUUCAGAUCCGACUCACAAUGAGAAAUGUAUCCGCUAAUGUCUCCAAACUGAUAAUUGAGUUCAAAAAUAUAGAAAGAAAUAAUUUUCUGCUAUAAAAAUAGAUUUGAGCAGACACAUGAACUCAAAGAUCUUUGACAUAGAUACAAUUCAUUGGUAUCAUACUGAGAUAGUUAUACUUUGAGUAUAAUAGUUGAAAAGCAGAACAAAUCAUAUUAAACUGCAAAAAUCGUUUACUGUGUUUAGUAGGUGAAAUUGAUUAGGACAGCUCUCCACUGUUUGAAAUCUCUAAACCUUUCAUUUUUCUGAUUAAUAGGUACAAACAGAGCGUCCCAAUUCCUCAGUUGCUUUCUCUUUUCCUUUUUUUGUAUCAGAUAACCGAUCAUCUAACAACGAUUCGUAAGAAACAGUUAAAACUAUUCUACAAUUUGACAACCUUUGAACAAUAGAUUUUAUAUCAUCCAUUGUCAAAAUCAUUCGAUUGCAUAAAUACUGAUGCUGAUCAACAUCCAUAUGUUAAUAAACGUGACGAAAUCGUACAAUAAUCAAAGCGUCAAAUGUUGAAUAUUGAACUAAAACAAUAUGAUAUGAAAACUCAAUAGCAUGAACAUUUGUAUCAAGAAGAAUUCAGGACACUUUCAUUUUAAAUCUUAAACUGAAGUCCUUCAGUUCAAGGGUGUCAAGUAGAUACAUUGACGCACUUUUUCAACAUAUAUUUGAGUCAUCAUCGAGGUAGGUUUCUACGUCAAAUUCGUUAUCAAGAAUCGUGUCUUGAUGUAAAACUAAUACGUUACAGUCGUCGCCAUUCUUUAUCAUCAAAGAAAAUAAUGGAUAUUUAUCCACCAAUAACCGCCUAUGUCUCGACAAUGUACUUGAAUCGUAUUCAGUUAGAUUAUCUUUCUCGUUAUGGUAAGUUCACAACUGCAUUCAAUUUUGUAUCUUAACCGUAAGAUUCUGUAUCAAAUAGUUGUUAUUCAUGAAGGUCCCCAUUAUAUCAGACCAAAUCAAACUUAUUUCAUUUUUAUCAACAUCGAGAAAAACAAAUGAAGCAAGAACAUAAAAAUGUGAUAAAUAUUAUAAUACCUUAUCUUAUUUGUGUUCAUCAUGUGAUAUGGUUGUCGACUACUUACCAAUUGUUAUUCAAGACAAGAAUUGUUUUAUCUCGUAUUUACAUACAUUGCAUAUUGCUUCGAAACGGCGGGUAUAUGUAUACAUGAAUUUGGGAAUGAAAAGAACUCAUUGGAAUCUAAUAGAGACGCGAGAGCUCACUAUAACCACAGUGAGGACAUACUUGAACAUCCACAGAGAAAUAAGAAAGAAAAUGAAUAUAUAAGAACAUAACAUAAAAGGAAACAUAAACCCAUCCAUGCAUGACAACAGAACGAACGAAGAUGUAGAUGGAAUACAUAUAUAUGAUGAUGUUACAACGGCGAUAGAAAGAAAGAGAAGAUGUACAUAUGAUGUCGUCAUCUAGUAAUCAUAUGCCGGAUAUAUCGAUAUUAAUUAAAGAAUUUUCUCUACAGUUGAAAACAUAUCCACAUCAACAAUAUAUUGCUUCAUACACAAAAUUGUUCGAUCCAUUUAAUAUCAGUUAAAAAAAAGAAAACAUAUUCUUUGUGUUACAAAGAAGAGUGGUAUUUUUCAGACUGGUCACAUAACAGAUUAUGAACAGAAAGUACAAGCUUAUUGACAACAAGCUAGAGCUUAUAUUGAAUUAACUAGUGAUUCAUUAUAGACAGCAUUUGAUAAAAUUGUUCAUUUACUCAAUGAUCUUCGUUUCACAAAAAAGAACAAAUUCAAUCAUGGCAACUUGAUAAAAUGAUGCCAAAACGAGAAAAAGUGAAAUUAGCUUAUUUAUAUUCUAUUCGUAACUCACAUGAAGUAAAUUUCAAUUUUUAUUUUCUGUAAUAUCAUUAUUUACUUUAUCUAUUCUAAUAGGAAGAAAUGCUAUGAAGACCCAUUGCUUCAUAGAUAAAUACACCAACGAACUGGAAUUUCAAAGUUUUUAGAUAAAUUAAUUCGACCAUUACUUGAUAUGUAUGCUUGUUCAACAACAUUUAUUGAUGCUGUUGAUUUAAUUCAUCGUCUUGAAACAUAUUCAACGAAUGGUUAUCUGAAACUAACCACUUAUCUAUGUACAUUUGAUAUUACAAAUUUAUAUACGAUGUUAUUUAUGUAA